AAAAAAAAGUUCACUGCUUUUUAUUUACAUUCUGUACUCUUGCCUCUUACUUUAGGGAAAGCCAGUGAAUAUUCAACGGAGAAUUAUAAAGAAACAUCAACUGAUUUCAUUUUAUUAGGGCUGUUCCCACAAACAAGAAUUGGCCUGUUCCUCUUCAUUCUCAUUGUUCUCAUUUUCUCAAUGGCUCUAAUUGGCAAUCUGUCCGCGAUCCUUCUAAUUUUCUUGGACGCCCAUCUCCACAUAGCCAUGUAUUUCCUACUUAGUCAGCUCUCCCUCAUGGACCUGAAUUGCAUCUCCACCAUUAUCCCCAAGAUGGCUUCCAACUUCCUGUUUGGAAUCAAGUCAAUCUCCUUCAUUGGAUAUGGAGUUCAGAGUUUCUUCUUCUUGACUUUGGUAGGUGCAGAAGCACUUCUCUUGACAUCUAUGGCUUAUAAUCAUUAUUUGGCCAUUAGGUUUCCUCUCCACUAUCCCAUUUAUAUGAGCAAAAAAGUGUAUGUACUGAUGAUAACAGGGCCAUGGAUAAUGGGGUCUGUCAACUCUUGUGCCCACACUGCAUAUGCACUUCAUAUCCUCUAUUGCCAAUCCAGGGCCAUCAAUCAUUUUUUCUGUGAUAGCCCAGCCAUGUUGACUUUGGCUUGCAUGGACACCUGGGUCUAUGAGUACACAGUGUUUGUGAGCGCCACCUUGUUCCUCAUGUUUUCUUUCAUUGGCAUUACUUGUUCCUAUGGCCAGAUUCUCCUUGCUGUCUACCACAUGCCCUCAUCAGAAGGGAGGAAGAAGGCCUAUUCGGCCUGCAGUACCCACCUUACUGUGGUGACCUUCUACUAUGCACCCUUUGCUUACACUUAUCUAUGCCCAAGAUCCUUCCAAUCUCCAACAGAAGGCAAGGUUCUGGCCAUUUUUAUACCAUGCUUACCCCCAUGCUCAACCCUGUCACCUACAGCCUGAGAAAGAAGGAGGUGAUGGGGGCCCUGAGAAGAGCUAUUCAGAGAUUUUGUUCUGUGAAAAUGUAAAUAAGAUUUCAUCAUCACUCCUCAAGCUGCAGGUGUCUGUCUAUUCUGCAGAGAAUAGUCACUAAGAAAAAUACUACUUAAGGAUGAAGAUAGGAUCUUAAGUUAUAUUAGAAGGUUUUUAAAAGUUCAAGUUUGACAAAAUAAUUGUAUGUUACUUAGUCAUAAUUUUUGUUUAUUCCUGAGAUGAUUUUUUAUCAAUAUAAAAGGCAUGUAUAUUUCACCAAAUAUCAGAAAUAAGGUUUUAUUAAUAUGUAGAAAUAAAAAACGAAAUUGGCUAACAUGAAGAUAUCAUUCUACUAUACUUAAUUUAUCUCUUAAUAUGACUAAACUAAAAAAACUAGAACAGAGCAAUAAAUAUUUUAGUGUGACUCAAUCUAAUCAAAAGCAAAAUAUUUUUCCCAUUAAUUUACUCUUAAUAGGUGUUUAGUGUUUCUAUUUUUUCCUCCCAAUUUCAGAGGAAAUGACUGUUAUAGGGAUUUUGAAAGUUUUAUAGAAUUGUAGAGGCAAUAUGACCAGUUUAUGUUUUCCAGGAGAAGGGCCCUGGAUUUAUCCAUAUGAAUCCUAGGAAAGUGAUUUAUUAACAGGAUCAGAAAUUAAGGUUGGAGAGAUGCUAACUGAGCUGUAAGAGAAGGAGAGCCCACUUUAUAAGAGGAUUAAUGGAAGUUACAGCCUAAUGAGUACAGGUUAUACUAUCUUAAAAAAAAAAAAAUCUUAGCCACUCCUAAAUGAUUCCCCAGCACAGACUCAAAUUUUGCAUCUGAAGUAGCCACUUGUACACUUGUCUAAGACAAUUUAUGUUAUGCAUGAUCUAUUUCUCCACUUGUUAGACUUGUAAUUCUAUUGAGAUGUUUUAAGGGUAGGAGUGAGGGAAUCAAAUUCCCUGUUCCAGUGCUUUAAUUUGAUACGCCUCUUCAUCCUGUGCAGAAAGUCCCAUCAUUAUUUCCAGUAAAAAAUUUAUUAGCUUAGGUGUGUAUUCUGGGUGA